AUUCCCAACAGCUUACACAUUUCUUGAAAAACUGAGGAUUCAAAAUUUCUUCCUUGGUCCGAAUGGAUCUCUCUAGGACAGCCAAAAUUGGGAGACCAGUCGAACCACCAUAGCGAGCGGUCGGGUUUUCACGAGCGCGCCAUAGAUGGGCAAUUCAAUUGGGAAAUAGAGCAAAUCGCCAAAAGUGGGACCAGCAAAGUUCGGGAACAUAGUGAAAAAAAAAAAUUGCAGCAUUUGUGUAAGUGCAGCAGUACUCCAGCAAUUAGCAACUAAAGGUAGGUGAAAAAAGCAAAUUAAGACGAAAACGGAGCCUUUUCGCCGGGUUUUUCUACCUGAAACGGGAAGGGCUCUAUACCCGCCCGAGCGCGACCGGCCCUUUUAGACUUUGGACUGCGCAACGUUGCCAAUGUGAACUUUCCACAGAGGGACAAUAGAGUGUUGCCAGUGCAAAACUUUAGUGCAAAACAUAAUUGUUUUAUACAUAUAUACAUAUUGCGUGGACAUUCACAUAUUUCUUAUUUAACAUUACCAUUAUUUUUUACUUUAUUUUUUAUAUAUAUACAUAUUUUGCCGACAUUUACAUAUACUUUAGUUACUGUGUGGACAUUUACAUUCAGGCCGACUGAAUCGCGAAUUUCGCACAUCAAUCUGCCAGACUGCACUUAGCAUUAGGUAGUAUUCUAUAUCGGAAUCUAGGGCAAGAAUAGGAACAGAGAGAGAAAUCCCCAGAAAACGAACGGAAACAUGAACAGAGAAAGAGGCGAGUCAGCCAAACGAAAGCUUUUAUACACGAGCGCGAACCAGGACGAGUCCAUGGAGGAAAAUAGCACGCCCGGGAGCACCCCCAAGAUGGGAUCACCUAUUAAGUCUCCGGCACUCAAAAAAAAGAGAGAUGGGCUCAGACAGACCGUUCAUGCCAGGACACAAAAAGACAUGACAUCGGGCACAGAAGACGACACAUACGGCACGCUUAGCAACCAGACUAGGCAAAGCCGAAAUCGGAAAAUGCAGAUGGACUUAACAGCCACAGGCUUAGAGUACAACCUAGAACCUCCUGCAGCGAAAGCCAAGUGGGAAUCAAGAAGACAACAAGCGCAGAGGGCCCUCCAGGCAAGGGACGCCAUCAUUAGGGCGACGUCGCUCACGUAUGCCGGGGGUUAAAAGGUCUCUAACUCGGAGGAGCAGAGGAUCGUAAAGGAAAAUGUUCAGGAGCUCACAGACAUCCUAUUGGAUAUGAUCAGUCAAGAAGAGCCAGAAAACGAAGGAAACAUAAGGAAACUGCUAGAGAGGCAAACCACAGCUAUGAAAGAAAUGAGAAGGGAAAUCCAGGGACUUAGGGCUACCGUUGAAGAAGACCGCAAACAGCUCCAAAAGGCACCAGUGAACCGUGCACCCCAAAAAUCCGCAGGCCUAGGAAAAUUCGGACACGACCAAGCAGCGUACACAAAUGACGCUGACACAGAGCAGACCCAAACUGAAAUACAGUCAGACACAGAAGGGGGAUUCACAUUAGCCAAACCAAAAAGGAGACUAAAAUCCAAAGAAAUAAGAGACAAAAUAAGAACAUACGCUGACGUCUCAAGGACAGUCCUGAAGGGUAAAAAGGUGAACGAGAAAGCCAAGGAGCCAUGGAAGACUCCUGAAACAAAAGAAAAACAUAUAACCCUGGUCGAAAUCCCGGAAGGCCAACAGGCCCGAGAUACAAUCAAAAAAAUUAAGGAAGCCGCACAGGAGGAAGUAGCAGCUACAGGAGGAGUGGUCCGAAUGGCAGGUACAAGAGGCAAUAAGAUCGCCAUAGUGUACAAAAACAGAGAGCAGCAGGAGAAGGUCGAGAGGAAACUGGGUGCAAGCGGAGAAAUAAAAACGAGCGCAAUCCUGAAGCAAAACCCCAAAAUCAGACUCACGGGCGUUGCCAAGGGGUACUCUGACGAGGAGCUCCUGCGAACGAUUAACGAGGAAAACCCCGAAAUCAAAACAAACUUUGGCGACCUAGUUAAAAAGGAGAUAGUAUUUAUAGACUGGGUCCCCUGUUAUAUACAGGAGGAAAUCGGGAUAACUAUUUGUCACAAUUGCAACAGAUUUGGACACGCAGCGAAGAAGUGCAGCACGGCCGCACAGUGCCACUUCUGCGGCCAGCCACACGAACGAGGACAAUGCGGACAAAAACACCCGGACUGCCCCAACUGCAAGUCAGCAGGCUUCGAGCCAAAGGAUAGGCAACACUCCGCCAGGGACCGAAAAUGCCCGAUCUACAGGAGAAAGGAACUGCAGCAUCAGCAAACGAUGAUAAACUACGGGCAAAGCAAAGGCGACACCACCUCGGCGGGACCCAGCUCAAUGAAAGAUGGACAGAAAUAG